AUGGUCUAUGUGGACACGUCCGACUGCCCCAGGGAGCUCCUGCCCGGCUUGGCUGGCUCCUUCCUGCCCUCAGACCUGGAGCCAGGCUUGGACAGCCUCCUGCGAGGCAUUGCCAAGGCAGGUCUUUUCCCCAACCUGGUUCUGCUGGACCCAGCUAUGACUGCCCAGACCCUACGCUUGGCUCUGCCCCCCACCUGGAUGUCCCAGUCUUCAAUGCCAGUGACCUGGUACCCAGCCCAAGGCCCCCCCCAGCCCCCAGCCUCCUGGUUCCCAGCCCUGUGGCAAUUCCUGGCCCACCACGUGGAAGACCUGAGACCUCUGGAGGGGCUUCCUCUCAUCUCGCUGUCCCCACUGGGUGCCUCCAGCAUCCGUCUGGCUCCACUGAUACCCCGGUCCAGUCUUAUCUUCCAGGCAUGGGAGGACCAGUGCCUGCCACCUGCUGUGGCCUCUGUGAUGGAGGUCCUGGGUUGUCCAGUGGUGCCACCAGGAACAUGGCACCGCUCUCUGUCCCGCUAUGUCCUGCCUCCAUCCCCACUCAAUGCCCUGCGGGCCCUGGGCAGGCGAGGGGUUGCAGCUGUGGCCUCCUGCCUGGCCUCGCUGCCUGCUGCAGAUGUGGCCACCCUCCGGCUCUACCUGGCAGACAUCCCAUCCCUGACAGCGCAGGACAGGGCCACACUGGCUGCUCUGCCCCUCUUUGUCCAACUGCCCUGCUUGGCCACCCCAAACCCCACGCAGCUGGUACCGGCUGGCACCACGUUGGCGCUGGAGUCAGAGCCGGAGCUGCCCAGCGCUGUGGUGCUGCCGCAGGCCAUGUUGCAGUGCCGGGAUGAAGUUGACCGGCGGCUCCUGGGAAGGCUCCAGAGGCCCCUCAUCAGUGUAGCCCAUGUGGUGCUGGGGGCCAUCAAAGCCGUAGCCCAGGGUGCCUAUGCAGGGCGGGCGGCUGAGACACAGGCUCUGCUGCUCUGGGUGCUGCAGCAUGGAGACAUCCUCUUUGCACAGAGCCCCCCACUCCAGCAGGCCUGCAGCAGGCUGGCCUUCCUGGAGACACCCAACGGCCCCGUGUGCCCGCAAGACCUCUAUGACCCCUGUGAGAAGACCUUGCAGGCGCUGCUGGGUCCCGAGUGCUUUCCUCCUACUGCUUUCCGCAGUCCGCCUGUCCUCCGUGCCUUGAGAACCCUGGGCCUGCGGCACGGGGAGGGGUGCCUGGUGCCUUCGGACAUCCUAAAGGCUGCAGCAAGUGUGAGCCAGGGUGGCACAGCGGCUCUGGACAGGGCUCGGGCACUGAUCAAGGUCUGCAACUGCCCCAAGGCACUGGCUGGUUUCAGCGCUGCAAAGCUUAGGCAGCUCCAGGCUCUGCCAUGGGUGCCUCGUUCCGAGUGCACUGGGAAGCCUGGGCAGCAGUUCCUGCCCCCCAACAAGCUGCGGUCCACCCAGUACCAGCCCCUGGUGGGGCUUGCCAUGCACCUGACUGACGCCUUUGUGCCAGAGGCAGAGAAGAAGCUGGGGCUGAGCCAGCCCCCACCGCCAGAGAGAGUGUGGGAGCAGCUGAGACAGCUGGCAGGGCGCCGGGACGUGGCUGAGGUAGGUCCCGCGCUCCAGCCUGUCUACCGGCACAUGCAGGAAAACCUGAAGACCUUUAGGGCUGCCCCGGAUGAUGCUGUGGUGUGGACCGGGACUGGGUUUGUCCCCCCACGUGAUGCUGUGCUGGGCUAUCCUGAGGAGCUGGAGCUGGGUAUGCUGGUGCCCAGGGUGCCUCCUGACUUCCUCGCCUACAGCUGCCUCUUCAGGGCUUGGGGGGUGGCGGCGACAGUGAGUGAGGAGAGGGUGGUUGCAGCCCUGCGCUGCCUGGGGCAGGACAUAGACAGGCGCAGCUCCAGAGCGGGCACUGCAGCAGAGUUGCAGGUGGCUGUAGCUGUCCUAGAGUGGCUUAAGAGUCGGGGACACCAGAGUGAGGGCACGGUGCCGGUUCCCGUGAGGAUCCCGGAGGGCUUGGGCUUUGCCCUCCGCCCGGCUGUUUCUACCGUGUACCUGGACAUGGAGCUGGAGGCAGAGGAGGAUAUUCAAGAGGUGGUGCAUGAGGCAGUGCCAUCCAGCACAGCCGUAUUCCUCGGCACGGAGCUGCUCAGUACGCGGGUGCUGGGGCCGGAGCCGUUCACGGCCUGUGGCCCCUCAGAGCCCAUCACCUUACGGCUCCGCAACAUCCUCCGGGAGUACGGAGAGGAGGGCGACCUCUUCACAGAGAUGGUCCAGAAUGCAGAGGAUGCUGGGGCUACUGUGUGCCGCUUCCUUCUGGACCUCCGACGCUGCAGAAAGGCCACCUCUGGGCUGCUAGACCCUGGCAUGAGUGCCUGCCACGGCCCAGCCCUCUGGGCCUACAACAAUGCCCUCUUCACAGAGGAUGACCUCCGUAACAUCACACGGGUUGGGGCUGCUACGAAGGAGGGCCAGGCAGGCCAGAUCGGGCGCUUUGGGCUGGGCUUCAGCUCUGUCUACCGUGUCACAGAUGUGCCGUCAGUGCUGAGCGGGGAGACACUGCUCAUCUUUGAUCCCAAUGGCACCCAUCUGGGCAAGCAUAUCCCCAGGGCCGGCUGCCCUGGCAUCCGCCUGGACUUCUCCAGCCGACCACGCAUCCUCCGUGCCUUUGCUGAGCAGUUCUGGCCCUACCAUGGCAUCUUUGGGUGCCGCCUGCCUGAGCCAGGACCAUUUCCAGGGAGCCUUUUCCGUCUGCCUUUCCGCACUGAAGAGGAAGCUGUGAGAUCACAGAUUUGCUCAGAGGCCUUUGGUACGAAACGCAUCCAGUCCCUUGGCACCAACUUCCUUGGCUCUAACCGGCUCCUGCUGCUCUUCCUGCAGAGGGUGAGGGAGAUGUCCCUGGAGAUGCUGCCAGACAUGGCCACUUCUGCGGCGGAUACCACGCCCCUGGCCACGCUGCGGCGAAAGGAGAUCCGCAACUUCAGGGGCCCUGGGGACCCCCCAAACUGGGCAGCCAUCGAGCAGCUCACAGCCUGUGAUGAGGAAUCCAAGACCACAUGGCACUACCUAGUUUUGGUAUGUCAGGGUGAUGGGGAGUUGCUGGAACUGUUUCACCGGAACACACAGGCAGGGCUCCAUCCUCUGCCUCCCGUGGCUGGUGUGGCCCUUCCCCUUGCCCUUACUGCAGCUGGCAACUGGGUGCCACGUCUGGAUGCCGAGGAAGGGCAAGUCUUCUGCCACCUUCCCAUGCCAGUCACCUCAGGGCUGCCAAUCCACGUGCAUGGAGCCUUCAGCAUCCUCUCAAACCGCAAGGGGCUGUGGGACACGGCAGAGCGAGGUGAGUGGAACCGGCUGCUGCUCCGCAAUGCUGUGCCGGUCGCCUGGCUCCGGGCGCUGGACCACCUCCGCACCAUGCAUGAGGCAGGUGAAUUGGAGAGCUAUGAAUAUCAUGUCUUCUGGCCAGACACUAACACUGCCCGUUACCCCUUUACGGAGGCUGUGACCGGUUUCUACCAGGCUGUGGCAGCCCGGAAUGGCCCCAGGCUGUUUUCUGAUGGCUGCUCAUGGUGCUCACUGCAGGACGCCCGCUUCCUGCACCAGGCUGUGGUCAGACACCCCAAGCUGGGUGCUGUGGCCAAGCGUGUCUUUGCCACCACCCUGCCCCAUCCCCUGUUAGCUGUGGCCUUGCCAGAGCAGGUGCAGAGGGGCCUUGGGAAGGCAGCGGAUGCUGGCACCUAUGACUGGCCCCGCUUUUACUGCGAGCUUGUGCUUCCGAACUUGGAAGACCUCUCUGUUGUUGACCGGGACCCACUGCUUCUCCAUGCACUGGAUAUGUCCCAUGAUGAUGUGGACAAAGAUGGGCGCUUCCCCACUGGAGACACCUUCCUUUCCCCAGAAAGACUAAGGCAAUUGGAGAGGCUGGGCAUGAUUAAGGACACGAUCACCCUGCCAGAGCUGCUGGAGCGGGCAAAGACAGUGCAGCUUAUCUGGACCAAGGACCGUGCCCAGGGCUGCCGGAGGGCUGCCAGAAUCCUUGAGCUGCUUCAGGAUGCAGUGGAAAAGAGGGUGAACAACCCCAUGCAGGCAGAUUUCCAGACUGUGCCCUUCCUCCCUGGUACACUGCCCACCGGCGAACUUGUGCUGUUGCCAGCUGCCCAGGUCUACAGUCAUGUCCAUGCCCCACUAGUGGGACUCAUCCACCCUAUCUUGGCUUCUAAAGCACUGGGGGGAAACUUCAGCCUCCCUGAGGAGGUUGCAUCCUUCUUGGGGCUGGACCGGCAGCUACCAGCAGCUGCAGUCCUUGAGCAGCUGCAGGCACUGAGCUGUAGCUCCAAUGCUCUCCCUUUGGAGAACCUGCAGAACAGCACCUACCACUGCUACAAGCACCUGGACAAGCUAGUCCAGAGAGAUCAGUCCAGCUGGGAUGAGGUGGCUUCUGCAGUGGCCCAAGGGGAGCCCUUCAUCUUGGUGGGCUCCCGCUUUGUGCCGGUCAUGGCUGUGGCUGAGACGCUGUCAUUUGAGGCUGUCCCGUAUCUUCACCAGCUCCCGGAGCAGUACCGGCCCUACAGCCAACUCUGGAAGUGCGUGGGGCUGCGCCACUCAUUCACCUGGGAUGAUUAUGCCAAAGUGCUCUGCAUCCUGGCAGAGACGCAUGCUGGAGAGCCGCUGCCAGCCGCGGAGCUGGCUCUGGCCGUGCGGCUGGUGUCUUCUGGCUUGAUGGCAGAUGACAAAGAGCCAGAUGCGUACCAGACCCAGCAACUCUUUCUACCUGACCAGGAGGGCAUUUUGCGUCCACGGGACAAGCUCCACUUCAAUGAUACACCAUGGUUGCCAGUGGACAAAGAUGUCCUGCUGUGCCAUAAGCAGCUGUCCCGAGCCACAGCCCUGCGCUGUGGGGUGCCUACCACAUGCCACCGGGCACUGCAGAGGAUCCAGCUUCACAGUACAGACCUGAGCCUCUGGAUGCAGCCAUUUGGUGCCUGUGAAGACUUGCCAACACGCCUGAAGAACAUCUUGCAUGAGUACCCAGCAUCCGCUCAUGAUAUGGUGAGAGAGUUGCUCCAGAAUGCAGACGAUGCUGGUGCGAGGCUUGUGCACUUCGUGUGGGACCGCCGGCAGCACCCAGAGGAUGCCACUUUCAGUGAGAACUGGAAACUCCUGCAGGGCCCUGCCCUCUGCAUCUAUAAUGACAGCCCCUUCCAGCAGCAGGACAUUGAAGGCAUUCAGCGUCUGGGGGUGGGUGGCAAGCAAGGCCGGCAGGAUGUCACAGGCAAAUAUGGCCUUGGCUUCAACACUGUCUUCCACUUUACUGACUGCCCAGCCUUCCUUACUGGAGACAGUGCCCUGUGUGUCUCUGAUCCCCAUCUCUACUACAUUCCUGGAGCCACAACUGAGAGUCCUGGUGGGAUGUUCGCUGUCAAUCCUGAAUUCAAGAGGACCUUUCCAGAUGUUUAUGACACCUUCCUACCCUCCCUCUUCAACCUGAACCAGGGUGUCCUUUUCCGGCUGCCCCUCCGCACCGCAAGUGGAGCUAACAUGUCCAGGGUGUCUGACAUGGUUGUGCGGGACCAAGACCUCAUGGCCAUGGAGAGAGUACUGGCUGAGGAAGGUGAGGACUUGGUGCUCUUCCUCCGGCACCUCCGCACUGUGGUCUUCUCUGAGAUCCCCCCAGAUGGGGAGCAGUUGUUGGAGAGGCUGCGGGUGGCCACAGAGCUGACAGAUGGUGAUGCAGAGCUGAGACAGGAUUUUCAAGAGAGCCUGAGCCAAGCCACAGAUGGGAACAGCCCCAUCUCUGUCUCCUAUAUCAUGACAAUCAAAACCAGCAAGGCCAAGGCCAAGUCCAGCACCGUGUGGAGGGUGAUCUCCCAAAUUGGGGUGCAGGAAGGGGCUGAGGAGUCUCCGGUGCCUGGGCGGCUACCCUACGGGGCGGUGGCUGCCUGCCUGGACCCAUUGGGCUUGGAUAAAGUCAUAGGCAAAGCUUUCUGCACCCUCCCACUGCCGCUUACCACAGGGCUACCUGUACACAUCAAUGCCAACUUCUCCGUGGAUGCGGCCAGACGCAAUAUCCGCCAGGACCCAGACAGCACAGAAACAGCCUGGAAUGGCUUCUUGCUCCAGCGCUUGGUGACUCCACUGUACUGUGCCUUUCUUACCAGGCAGUGGGAAUCUCUGGACCCUGAAGGGCUCAAGUUCUUGUCCCUGGAGGACUGCCAGAAGCAGCUGGCCUCCCACUACCUCCAGUUCUUCCCUACUGUGACAAAGGCACUACCUACCUUUCAGGACCUGGUGAGAGAUAUCUAUAGGCACAUCAGUCAUGCACGCCUGCCUCUGGUGCCUGUGUACCACAUGAAGUCACCUAACAGAAUGGUGACAAUGACCUGGGCAUGUCCAGGUGGUGGGAACGUGCUAACAGAGCCAUACUUUCUCAAGGUGAGGCCUGAGCUAGCUCUCCAGGAGGUGCUGCAGCGCCUGAACAUGAACCUGGUGCCAGCAUUUAUCAACCUGCGGCAGCUCUAUGAGGAGUUCAUUGAAGCCCACGUGGAUGCUGUUUCCUUGCAGCCGGCCUCUCUCCGGCGCUUCCUCAAGGCCCUGGCACUUCCUGUGCCCUGCAAGCUGGCUGAGACACCCCUGCAGAACGCAGCAGAACUGGAAGGCCUGCCUCUGCUGGCCACACAAGAUGGCUGCUUGAAUGCCCUCAGCAGCCACCAACCAGUCUUCUGCAGCUCCUUUGCCCACCUCUUCCCCCGCCACUGCCACCGCUUUGCCGACAAGUUAAUUUCUGACUUGCCUCCUCCUUGCUUCGUGAAGAAGCUUGGCCUUCUGGAGGCCACACCACUCAUUCUGGAGGCACUGGGUCAGCUGAACUGGACCACAGAGGCAGAGAAGUGGCUCAAGAAGCUGUGGAUGUUCUUCAGCACUGUGGUCUACACAGUUGGGAAGGCCAAAGAGGAGUUGGAGGCGGACAUGAAGUCAUUCAUGGAUCAUCUCCAGGAUGUGGUGGUGCUGCCUGUUCAGGGGGAUGAGAAAGGCUCGACGCGCCUACUGCCACUGUCCUCCCUCCCCAAUGUUCUUUUUGAGUGUGAGACGGAUGUGGCUAGGGUGCUGCACAAACUGGGCAUCGCUGUGCUCCAGCAGUCCCUACUGCCUUUCAGCUUUUCCCACCACUGCCUGAAGACAAGGGCACUGCAGGUCACAGAGCCCAGGGCUGUGCUGGCCCAGCUGGUGGACACCAGAGCUGAUCUCCGCUGGAGGGACUUAAAGAAGCGGGAUGUGACUGUCCUGCUGCACUUUGUGCAGGGAAAACUGGAUUCAUCGGCGCUGGAGAAGCUCCGGCUUCUGCCUCUCUUCCAGAAGUAUGAUGGGGACUAUGUAUCUGUGGCACCCUACCGCAAGGUGCUGUUGCUCCGGAGCCAGAUCCAAGAGCUGCCCCUGGGUGCCCGAGCCCUGUGCAGCCUGGAGAAGGGCCUGUUGCUGCUCACAGCAGAUGAGAUCCACCAGCAGCUGGCCAAGGAUUUGCAGUGGGAGCUCACAGAUGACUGGCAGCUCUUCAUGACUGUGGUGCUGCCCCAGCUGUCCCAGCUCAAAGCGAAAGAGCUUAUGGAAGCUGUGCGCUUGUUCUUUGCCCUGCAACGUUUCUCUGACGCUAAGUUCAAGAAAGCUGCUGUGGCAGCUUUUCAGACUGUGGCCUUUAUACCUGAUGCCAAUGGUGUGCUGCGCCAGGCCUCCUUCUUCUAUGACAACACACCCUCCUUCAGCACUCUGCAUCUCCAACACCGCUUUGUGCCUCAGUCUUUCUUUGUGGAGCUAAAUUACAGCCAGGAAGAUAUUAAGUAUUUCCUGCUUCAGGUAGGUGUCCGCACCAGCCUCUCUGAGGAGGAUUUUGUGGAACUGGCCCUGGAGAUAGAGCGUGAAGCCACUCAGGCUAGGUACCACGCUGAAGACCUGCUGGAACGACAGCAGGAGAUGCUCAACAUGCUUGGCACCAUGUUGGAUAGUCCCUUAUCAGUGAGUUUCCUGGAGAAAAUUGCCUCAAUCCACUUCCUGCCUUCAGCGGACAUCCCCCCGAGCUUGGUGGACCUCCACCCCCCUUUUGCAGCCUGCAUUAAGCCUGUGGCCCUGAAGGGCAGUGUUUACCACUGCCAAGAAGAUGUGGCUGAGCUCCUGUGGACAUCAGCCACCAUCCUGCCGAGGUCCUCUGCACUCAGGCAGGACCUCAAGGAUGUCCUGCAGGCCAUGGGAGUCCUCGUAGAGAUACCCACUGCCCUGGUGGUGGCCAACCUGGAGCAGGUGUGCAGGGCAGCCUGCCAGACGCCACAGCAGGUGAACACACGGGCCAGAGUGCUCCAGAAGGUGUACAACUUCUUGCAGACCUGUCUGAAGGAGGUGGACACAGGGCGCCUUGCUGAGCUGCCUGUGGUGCUGGCCAAGUCAGGGGACAUGGCCAUGCCAUGGCAAGUGGUGAUAUCCCUCCCAGAUGAGGCUGAAUUUUACCCCUAUCUCCUCAAGCCUGACCCCCACAUAGCUGUCUACGGAGACCUUCUGCAACAUCUUGGGGUGGUCCUGCUCCCCACGCUGACUCACUACAGCCGUGUCCUGGCCCAAAUCUACCAGGAGAGCCAUGUGAGUGGGACCCUCAAUGCUAUCCAGAAGAAUACAGUCCUGUUGGCCACACGGCACUUCUUCCAGCUGCUGCGAGAUGCCCCAAAGCCCCCUGAUUUCUCCACUGUGGAUGAGCUGUACUUGCUGAGCACUGCUGACUGCCUCGAGUCAUCCCACAAGCUGUACUUCAAUGACUGCGUGUCCUCAAAUACCUGUAGGGCCUUGGGGAAGACCUUUGUGUUCAUGGCUGAACUGCCCGGGACCGCAUAUAAUGCCUGGUGGCUGCUGCAAAUGCUACCAUCGCGGCUGCGGCCACGGGCACUCUCAGAAGUGACAGAGCAGCAGCUGGAGGAGGGCAGUCUGCGGCUGUGUCGCUAUGGCUUUCACUGCCCUGGGCAGAGGCGUCUGCAGACCCUCCUGGUAUCACUGCAGUUUAGGAUGGGGUUGAAAGCCCUGCUCCAGUGGCAGAGCCACAGGGCUAUGAUGAGGAUGGAAGGGGAUGUUGACUUUGCAGCGGAGCAGCUGAGAGUGCAGUGCUGUGAGGACAUCUGCACUGUGCUGGUCCACUGUGGUGCAAAGGUGGAGGGGAGCACCCAGUCACGGGUUGUCUAUGUGCACGUGGCUGAUGGUGCCCAGCGGCUCCUCUACAUCCGGCAUGCAGAGAUGGUGCUGGACCGGCACCAGCUGAGGGUCCUGGAGACGCUGGCGGAGGAGAUCAAUAUCAUCCUGGGUGGACAGCUGGAGGCACCUGCCUUGUCAGUGCUGCGUGAAAUGCUGGUCUGCCAGAAGCCACAGGACGUGGUCUUUGUUCUGGAGGAGAACAAUGUGGCACUCGUGGGUGCUGCACCAGAGCCAGAGGAGGUCAUGGCACCAGAUCCGGAGCCAGAUCCAGAGAAGAGGCUGCAGGAGGACGCUGUGGCAGAGGGGAAGCCAUGCAAGGAUUGGCACAGCCUGAUGCCAGAGGGGAAUGGCAAUGUGGAUCACAGCCUGGCAACCUUGCAGCAUCUGUGUGCUCUCAAGCGGCCAAAGGUGUUGCAGGAUCUCUACCUCCAGCACAGCCCUGCGAGCGCUGCCCAGCACCACAGCAGGGGACAGGAAGGCCAUGGAUCCUGGUUGUGCAAUGAGGAGGCCAUGGCCCAGACUCCAUCCAUCCCAGAAGCCCAGCGGUGGCUGCGGCAGGCCGAGAGUGACCUGCAGGCAGCCCACAAUGACAUCAGGCACUGCUGCCCCAACUGGGUCCUCUUCAAGGCACACCAGGCCCUGGAGAAGGCGCUAGUGGCUGCUGCACUUUGCCAUGGUGAGGCCUUUAAGGCCCCAGUGGGGCUUGUGGGGCUGUCUCAAUGGCUGGAGGCGGUGGAGCCAAAGUUGAGGGGCCUGGCAAAGGAGGUGGAGUGGUUGCAUGGCUGUGGCAUGGAUGACAAGGCCACACAGUACCCGAGUUACCACCCCUUCCCCAUCACCCCCAACGAGGCCUUCCACAGUGUGGAUGAGGAGGAGGUUCUGAAGCGGGUGCAGGAAGUGCUGGGGAGGCUGCAGAACCAC